AUCAGUGCCAAGCUUGAGCUGCCAUCUGGCAGCCGUUUUUUACACGCCUGGGCUCGCAGCCACCGCCGCGUGGGAAAUUUCAAGCCACAGGAAACCCCACCAAAUUUUAUCUUCAAUUCUCGACCCACCUCUGAUUGUGAUAUCCCAGAUGCUGGGAUGCCUUAUCGUGCGAAAAAUCAAUAGUAAUUCACCGCGUGACAUCCUCUAGCAACAUCUACAUGUGAUUCUCGACCCGCAUAGUAUUGACCCUGAUACACCACCCACAAUGGGCGUUGGAAACAAGCGUACACUUACCAAGACCCGUCGGAAGACAAGGGAUCUUGACCAGAUCAAAGCCGAUCUCCUCAACCCCAAACACUUGACCCAGUACAAGGAUACCAAGUCGAAGGAGGACUUGCCGGGAUUAGGGAAAUGGUACUGCGUGGAAUGCGCAAAGUGGUACGAUACCGAAGUCAACUUGGUAUUACAUAGAAAGGGGAAACCACACAAGAGACGAGUAAAACAGCUUCGUGAGGCGCCUUACACGCAAAAAGAAGCCGAAGCCGCCGUCGGCCUUUGUACCAACAACGAGGAUCCUUACAGAGCCGACAAAGCCGUCGAAAACGAGCUUGAGAUGACUACCUGAGCGACGA